GUCUGAACUAGUCCACUUUGUGAACUCCCGAGGGGGGGGGACUCAGUCGACGUACUUGAGUGAAACGCAUUAAUGUUGAUAUUUAGGUAUUUCUCAUGUAAAUACAAAUUAAUUUACAUGUGACCUGUUAUUAUCAAAAAUAAAAAAAACCGAAUUACUUAUAAUAGGGGUAAUCUCAAACUAAACCGUUUAAACACCCACCCCAUGUAUUUCAAUGAUUGUAAUAAUCCCGGAUGAGCGUCUCUCCUGUCUGUCCGUCUUUGUCCAGCGGCGUCCGUAGGCCGUAAUUAACAUGGCCAAUUUCGUGUUUGGGGAUAAAAUAUAAUUGUAAGUUUAUUUGAUAUUAAUUACUGGGCACAAGAGUGAUAUGUAUGCAGUAAAACACGGGGAAGGUUCUUCGUAGCGGACACCUAAUAGAACAACAUAGUAAGAUGAUUGCUAGCAAUGUAAGACAGCUAGCUAGCUAGCUAACUGGUCAGCUAUCCUGUGCUAAAUUACUAGCUAGCUAGCUACCUAGCUGGAAAACAUCAUUGAAUAAGAAACUGGUAAUUUCUCCGUCGUAUCAUCUGUAAACGAAGAUUGGGAAUAUUCCGACUCUGUUACUACAUGCCUCCUUUACACUGCAUUCUUGUUUUCAAUGAAUGUGAUUCUAUUUUGGUCAUAGAUGGAUGUCUAGCAACCUGAGUUUACGAGAGUAGGCUACAUGGUCCAACCAGCUUGCAUGUUAGCCAGCUAGCUAGCUUACAGACAUCUGUAAGUGAUCAUAUUUUCUAAGAAGGGGGGAGUGUUCAGCGCCUUACUAACUAACUAGCUAUUUGGCAGUCGAUUUCACCCAGAAUCAUUCUACCCGUUGCUUUCUUUUUCUGCCCAUUGCGUUGUCUGACGUCUUGUUUCGGAGUUCUUUUUCCUGGUUGUUAGCGUAGGUGGACAAAUAGUUCCCGUGACAGAUAUAAUGGGGAAUAGCUAACGUUAUGUAGCUGCCAUGUUAACUGGAUUCAUGGAGUAGCUUGGAGCUGGUAACGUAAGCUAAUCCUCUGGUUCUUUGUUAAGAUCACCGGAGUAGUGCUUGGAUCCAUUAAAGACGUGCUCGACAAUUUUACACUUUUUCUCUAUAUGAACGGUGACAUGGCACCGCACCGUCAGUCAUAUUAAUGGCUGCCGAAUCGGGGAGACUACUGGCGGGACAAACUCAAGGAAAACGAGGCAAAGGUUCACAGAUGCUGAAGAGCCCGGAGAAAAAGAGAAAAAAAUCCAAUGCACAGGGGCCAGCCGUUUCGCACCUCUCCGAGUUCGCGCCCCCGCCCACCCCCAUGGUAGACCACCUGGUGGCUUCCAAUCCGUUCGAUGACGACUUUGGGGCCCCUUCCCGUCCUGGUGGCGCUCCUUUCAUGUCCAGUCCGGGGGCGAGUGGCGGGGGUGGACCCUAUAUGGGUGGCGGGCGAAUGGCGGGUCCCAUGGGCUUCAUGGGCGGCCCAGGUGGGCCAGGAGGAGGUCCACCAGGUCGCAGGCCGCCAUUCGGCCCCCCUCCACCCAAUGCUGGACCUCACCACCAGCUAGGUUUUGGGGGGAUGCCAGGGUUUCCGGGUGGUGGAGGAGGCGGGGGUGGCGGUUUUCCGCCUGGAGGUCCGUCGCAGUUCAACAUGCCCCCCAACUUCAGCCCACCAAUGCAUCCUGGUCCUGGAUUCAAUCCCAUGCUGUCCCCCGGUGGGAUGGGAGGUCCAGGGGGCGGUGGACCCCCACAUCCUCGCUUUGGGAUGCCUCAGCAGCAGCCUCAGCAUGGCCAGCACCCUUUCAACAGCCCCCCCUUACCAGGUGGAGGGGGUCCCAGAGGGCCACCCCACGGGCCCAUGAACCCCAUGGGGGGCAUGCCAGGUGGGAUGAACAUGAUGGGUGGUAUGGGGGGCCCUGGAGGAGGAAAUAUGGUUGGGGGGCAUCCGGGGUUACCCCCACAAGGACAGUUCCCACCCAACCAUGAUGGCCCCUACCCUGGACCCAGUCCUCCAGGCAAUGAUGAGGGGAAGAACUUUGGCCCCGGUGGCCCCCAACCAACCCCCCCCCAGCAGCAGCCGCCAAACCUCAACCCCUCUGGCCCCCCGAACAACAGCAACACCCCCGGCCCCUCCCCGUCCUCUGGUCCUCCCCAGCCUGGAGGAGGCUUCCCCGGUCACCCAGACGUCCAGCAGCAGAACCCGAACACCCCUGGCCAGCCGUCUUCCGUCCCGCCCCCUCCGAACCCCAACUCUUCUCCCACUGGACCCCUGAAUGGCCCCCAGCAACCGCCCUCUAAUCAGCAUCCUCCACCCAACUCCACCGGUGGCCCGUCCUCCAACAACUCUUCUCAGCAGCCACCGCAGACCACGCCGCCCAACUCUGCUCCUGGCUCCACCCCAUACAAUCAGCAGAACAGUGGUCCGGGAUCCGCCCCCAUGCCCAACCAGCCGACCAACUCUACUCCUAACAACUUGCCCAACAACGGUGGCGCCUCCACGCCGGGCAAUAACCCCAACCCCCCGUCCAAUUCCACCCCGACCCCCACCACCCAGUCCCCCCUGCCGCUUGGUCCUGCGCCCCCCUCUUCUGGCCCUGGUGGAGGCCCCCCGAAAAUGGGCGGGCCAUCGGUGUGUCCCUGUGGCUUCUGCCAGUCCGAGGUGCACGACGACCAGGAAGCCAUCCUGUGUGAGGCGUCGUGCAAGCGCUGGUUCCACCGAGACUGCACGGGCCUGACGGAGCCGGCCUAUGGGCUCCUGAACCGUGAGGACGCUGCAAUCUGGGCCUGCGACUUCUGUCUCAAGAGCAAGGAGAUCCAGGCUGUGUACGUUCGACAAGGGAUGGGCCAGUUGGUAGCAGCCAAUGAAGGCUGAGAGAGAUGUGUGUGUGUGUGUGUGUGUGUGUGUGUGUGUGUGUGUGUGUGUGUGUGUGUGUGUGUGUGGUGGGGCUGGGGGUUGAGGAGUUGAAGGCGAGAUGGAGGCUUGUGCCAGCUGGUUGGGGUGGGUGAAUGGAGAGGAGAGGAAAUGGACUUGCAGCAGCGGUUUUCUGUCUUUGGCCUUUUUUUUGGAACGCCCUAAGCCUGACUCACUAAUGUCAUUUUUUGCUCUCAGCUCAUUCUGUAAGUAAGCACUUUGAGUGUCUCUCUUAAAAAAAAAAUCUUUGACCUUUUCAUUGGCGAGUCCAAACGCAUCCACUGCAAAUUGUACAAAUUGAAGCACACCGAAGCUGUUGUGUGCUCCGGUGAAGCACUGACAUCAACUCGCUACCUCACACACUCUAGGGACUCACCAGCCCAGCCCAGCCCAGCCCAGACCCGCAUCAGGCAAGGCUGUGUCACACUGUAAUUCUUCCUCUUCUCUCACUCCUCUCUCCACCAAGGUUCCAGCCUCUCACCAGUUUCUCUCCCAGCAGUAGCCUGCCUUGCGAGCCUCCUGUGAAACAGCAUAUAGAAGCAACCUACCUGUAGAUACUCAACCAUUAACUCACACACACCUACAGACUUCCCUCCGUCCACUAAGGAACACAUGAAUUAAACUUUGAUUUGCAAAGGCAAACGUUUCAAGACUCCUGCAGUCACAAUGGAUUGUUUUUGUUUUGAAUUUUUUUUGGUUGUUUUUUGUUUUGUUUUGUUUUUUUAAAGGCUCCACCUUCAGCCAUGUUUUCUCUGGCAACAGGAGGAUCUGAGCUGGCAGAGUAACGAUGGGGGACGGUGUAGCACGUAGUGAGAUCAGUCAUAUCAUGUCAUAUGUGUAUAGUCCUUGGCUUGCAUGUGAACCAAUGCAGUAACUUGUGUUUGUUUGUUUUUUGUUUUGUUUUCAUUUUGGGCCUUUGCUAUGGGCAGGGCCUUGAAGUAGACCAAAUAACUGGAUGAAAAAAAAAAAAAAAGAAUUCUCCAAACUCAUCUUACUGUCAUGGCGCAAGAUGUUUGUAAUUUUUUUUUUAUAUACGUUAUUUUUUUUAACAUUUCUGUCCAAGUUGCCUUUCUCUUAGCUGUCCUUUUUUGGUACUGAUAUCUGUGCUGUUCUAUGUGCUCUGGCGACCUCUGGUGGAGUGGAGGUGCAGUUACAUGCGGGGUGGGAAGAGGGAUGGUACUGUAAUGUGCUCAGAAGUAAAGCGAAUUUUGGUUUUGUA